ACGCCCCAUUCCGUGAUAUGACGUUGAACAGGAACAUGGCGCUUUGGAGGAGAGGUGUUUCAUGAUAGUCAGGGCUAUUGAUUAUUACCGUUCAGCUGUGUUCAUUGAAAUAACACACAGGUAAAUACAGUCACUAUGACAGAUCGUGAGAGGUGAGGGUUCAUGUUGUCUCUAUGGACGAUAUAUUCCGUAGUAGUGUUUGCUGUCGUCAGCUGAAACUGUUAGCACUGACAGGCUAGCUAGCUUGCUAACAGUAAGUCGCAACCGCUAAACAGAAAGAAGACAUGUUUUUAAUGUAGUCUGCGAAGACUCUUAUCUUUAUUAUGAUUAAAAGACUCAAUUUAAUGUUAAAUUAGCUUGUUAUAGUUUAGGACGACGAUUCCACACAGCUAGCAGUUUGUUAGCUUAGCUAGGAGGAUGAAGAGCCGCCGCCAUGGAUGUGUUUUGUUGCUGGCCGGUGGGAUUCUGCUGUCGGUGUUCUGUCUAUGUGAAGGUGCCCCUCUUCUGUAUCAUCACAAAUCAGCUGGAAGCACAGGGGACACAUUGUCUGCGUCCCUCUACCUGUCCCUCGUAGUCUCACUGACAGCCCUCGUGGCCUUGGUGGUGGUGCUAGUGAACUGUGUGACCUGCUGCAAAGAACGUGAAAUCAAUUUCAAGGAGUUUGAGGACCACUUUGAGGAUGAAAUUGACUUCACUCCACCAGCAGAGGACACGCCGUCUAUGCAGUCCCCAGCUGAGGUAUACACCCUCGCUGUGUCUCCUGUGGCGCUGCCUGGACCUCCACACCUCCAACCGCCUGCCCGUAUCACAGAAGGAUCUGCAGGCUUCCAGGUAGCACGCCACAGUCUGAGUUACAUCCAAGAGAUUGGCAACGGCUGGUUUGGCCAGGUGCUCCUGAGUGAAAUCUAUACCGAUCCAGGUGGAGCCAGAGUGGUGGUGAAGGAGUUAAAAGCCAAUGCAAGUGCGAGGGAGCAGAAUGAUUUCUUGCAGCAGGGGGAUCCAUACAGAGUUCUGCAGCACCCAAACAUCCUGCAGUGCCUGGGACAGUGUGUAGAGGCCAUUCCCUUCUUACUUGUCUUUGAGUACUGUGAAAUGGGGGAUCUGCGAGGCUACCUGUCCCAGCAGGACUGGGUGUUCAGAAAUGCUGAGUUGUUGCAGCUGCAGAGGAUGGCCUGUGAGAUCGCUGCUGGUGUCACUCACCUUCACAAACACAACUUCCUGCACAGUGAUUUGGCCCUGAGGAACUGCUACCUGACUGCAGACCUUACAGUCAAAGUGGGGGACUAUGGGAUUGGACCCUACAGAUACAAAGAGGAUUACAUCAUCACAGAGGAAGACGUGUUCGCACCACUUCGCUGGUUGGCUCCUGAGCUGGUGGGCGAGCGACAUGGGGGUGUGAUUACUAUGGAGCCAACCAAGCCCAGCAAUGUGUGGGCCUUGGGGGUCACAUUGUGGGAGCUCUUUGAGAACGCUGCUCAGCCGUACCCACAUCUGUCAGACCGGGAGGUUCUCAAUCACGUGAUCAAGGAUCAACAAGUCAAACUCUUCAAACCACAGCUGGAGCUUCCUUAUUCUGACAGAUGGUACGAGGUUCUGCAGUUCUGUUGGCUGUCUCCAGACAAGCGGGCCACAGCAGAGGAAGUACACCGUCUGCUCACCUACCUGCGCAUGCAAGGCCAGAAGGACAUAGAAGAAGAUUUCGAGCAACGCUGGGACGCUCUCAAGCCCAACCCUUCCACACGCCAGACCACCGUCAGCCACUCCUCCUUCCCCAUCUUGGAACAGUUUGCCGACGACGCCCUGCGACAGGAGAUCGACGAAGUUCUCACUGUGACCGAAACAAGCAAAGGUCUCAGCUUCGAGUACGUUUGGGAGGCGGCCAAGCAUGACCACUAUGAAGGAAACCACGCACGCUCAGGCAUGGACACCACGCUGAACUAUCACAGCAUGUUCUUCCCUGUUUCUAGAGAAGACAUCCAGGCACACUUCCCUGAUCCUGUGGGCAGAGGAGAGUGCAAAGAGGGUGGGAACACUCCUUCAGGCAUUCCCGGGGUUGUACCAGUGUUUGAUGCACAAAAGCCAUCGAACAGGAAUGAAUAUUACAUCCAGCUGGAGGAACAAGGGGAGAGCACUGUUGGGGGAGAAGGAAACAGAGGGCAGGACUUGGACUUUGGCUCAGGCCGGCAAGAUUUUGUUGUCCUCCAGGACGUACGUCUGGAUGAGUCCAGCACUGAUGCAGAUUUUUUCCACCAAAGUAUUGACUCCAAGGACUCUUAUUUACCAGACAGCCAUAUCUGGUCGUCUCUUGAAAACGACAGCCCGUACCACACCAACAUUUUCACUGAAGGCGGGUCCAAGCACGAGGACUCUCCUUCCUGGGGACAGAGUUUUAUGGAGCUCCCCCAGCGUAACGGGAACCCAUUCCACGAAGCCGCAUCUUUAGAAGUCCAGGUGAUGGAUGCGGAUAAAAAUUACGUGGAUUCUUUUUUAGGGGGUAGUUUGGAAGCCACUCACCGUGUGGAUUCUGCAGAAGAAGAAGGGGAGAAAAGUGCAGAAAUGAAGAGGCUUCUGAACGCCGAAAAACUAACCGACAACUUUAUGUUUCUCAAAGAAAAGAACCUGAUGAAAGAGGGAUCUAGUUUCUCAAGUCCACAAGAUAACUUUCUUUUACCUGGCCUGGCCCACGAGCCAGAAUCCGCAUUCAGAAUGCGUUCUUGGGACAACCUUGAGUGUUUAGGCAGCUUAACCAUACCAGAUGCUUAUUUGAAACCUGAAACAAGUAGCACAUCCUCGCAACAGGAACUUUUAGACUCCCCAAUUGCCAGCCUGGGGGAGUCUUGUCAGUCUCUGGUAGGAAAUCAAACACUGGUGCCUUCCAUUACUGUGGUCACAGAAGAUAACACAAGCAUCCAGCUGCCGGUUACAAACAGUUCUUCCACUGAAGACCUCGGUCUCCUGCAAUCCUCAGAAAGGGGUCUAGACUCUGGGUUUGACUCUACCUCUGAGAGGUUUGAGGUAACCAUCAGUCAAACUGAUUUUGACGCCCCUACGUUCUCUGAAAGUGCCACUACAGACUCAUUGUGCACAGAUGCCAAAUUCCCCAGCCUUGAAGACGACCUCGGAACCUCAAAGGAUAAUCUUCAGCCCUCAGAAAGCGACAUUUCUGAAACCUUGAUAGUCCCAGCGUUGCCUACAGACAACGGGCACAGUGAAGACCUCACAAGUAACGACCUGUUGAGUGAACUCAUUGAGGAUGCAGAUAUAGAACUAGAAACCACUCUCUCUGACCAUGAAGAAUCCUUUAUGGACGCUAAUGGGCGUCCUCUCGUCAGGUCCUCUCUGUUGGUCUCUGGGCCCUCUUUGGACCAAAUCAGCCAGGACAGUCUACUAGAAGACAGCAUGUCCACCACUCUACCUACUGUAGAAAACUCUGCCGAGACACCAGACUCUUUAGACUCUCUCGACAUCCACAGGUUAGCCGAACAAGGAGACGAAUUAACUGCUCAGCUAGCCCAACACAAACUGCAACCUCCAUACAAAAUAUCAGACAGCGGGUACGAGACGGAGAACCUGGAGUCUCCUGAGUGGAACUCUCAGCCUAACGUCAAAGAACAUUCCCCCGUGAAGAAUGGCCUGAGUGUCGCAAAAGAAGAGGAGGAGACAGAGGAGACCGCGUCGGCAGCAAAUCUGGUUCCACCAGAGAUCAUCAUCUCUGAAGUCGAGGGCUUGCUGGAUCCUGACAGCAAUGAUCGCAAUGAGGACCAAGAACCGGAGCAAGUGGCUCCUGCUGAGGAACCACUCAUGGGGAGUAACUACAGGGACUCUGCCUACUUCUCUGACAAUGAAUCAGAACCUGAGAAAAAGUCAGAGGAAGUAGCUGCAGGAGGUUCUGCUGAAGCAACAUGGCUGAAUAACUCAGCUGGCCCAGUCAGCGAGGCGACUCGAGGCCCGGUAGUGGUGGCAAACGUGGAGAGAGAUAUAGAUUCUUUGUUUUCACAGGGAGAAUCUUCAGAUUCUGCUGAAGCACUGGUCAACGGACAAACACCAGAAUCUCAUAUUGAGGGAGUUUUACCAGAUUUAGAUACCGCAGAGAAAUUUGAGAAUAAGGCGACAGAGUCUGACAACAAUCACGUUGAAAAUGGAAACAAGCCAGAGGUUUCAACAGUCAUCACGUCACCUGAAGAACCAGCUCCAUCAGAAGAUUCAGAAACCUUGUCUCCACUUCCCUCCGCCCCGCUGUCAAACGCAGUCCACGCCAAACUCACCAGGACCUACGCGAGCGACGGCCACAAGAUAAGAGAGCCGGACAUGGAGGGGCGUUACCUGGGGAGGAGGGACGGCUCGGCUUCAGACGGACAGGAGGAUGGUGUGGAUGCGGAUGAGGAGGACGAGAACAGCGACGACUCCGAUGACGACAUGCGUGCGUACCGACUCCACAGCUCCAGCUCAGACAGCGAGGAUGACACCGUUCACACGGUGCCCGUUAUUAUCUCAGACGACAGCAGGGCAAAGAACCUGAAAAGCCUACUGAAGCCCACCACGCUGAACAUAGAGGCGGCGUCCUCCUCGUUUCCUGCGAGGUUUAACGCAGAUAACUCCAGAAGGGCAGUAACUUUCUUUGAUGAUGUCACCGUCUUCCUGUUUGAUCAGGAAACCCCCACCAAGGAACUGGGGGACCACUCCUCAGGCUCAAACAGUCAGGCUCCAGAGCUCGGCAGCCCAGUGUCCACAUCCAGCUACCUGAACCGCUUUACCAAUUCAGAAAGCUCCACAGACGAAGAAGGUGGAGGUUUUGAGUGGGACGAUGACUUCUCCUCCCCUACACCCGCCUUCCUGCCCAAGUCAGACAAAGACCCCGUCUCAAAGAACAUGUCCUCGUCCUCAGCGUCACGCUUCACCUCUCCGCCCAGCACGGUGCUGGAGCCCAGCUGGACCAGCUCCUCCUCGAACUACUCCCGCUUCUCCAUCUCACCGGCCAGCAUCGCCAGCUUCUCGCUCACACAUCUCACCGACUCCGACAUCGAACAAGGAGGAAGCAGUGAAGAUGGAGAGAAGGAUUAGUGUGACAGAAGAAAGGACGUAUUUCCAUCACACCAUUUGAAAAAAGAACUUAACUCGCACUUUUUAGGGAAAUGGCUGAAUACGGACAGAUGAGGCGGUUUGUAAGGCAAACCGCGGAUGCUUCUCUCAGGCAGAUCAGUUCUUUACCUUCAUGGAGACGGCCACGAGAAAAAAACAGCUGUAAACUGACAAAAAUAAGACAGACCAGGCCCGGUCCUGGGGUCUGAGCCACAUCACCUCUCCAGCUUCAUCAGUGUGUAUGUGAUCUCAGUUCAGUGCAAUUCCAAGUUGGCGGGGGAAAAAAAAAAAGUUUCUUAAUGUUUGCUUUAAAGACUCAUCAAGCGCAUUCCAGGUGUUUGGCUGCUUCUUUUUGUUGUGUGUCCAAGUGCACUCCUUUUCCAGGACUUUUUGCGUCACCAAAAAAAAAAAAGUAGAAGAAGAAGACUUUCUAUGUUCUUAAUUCAACACACUGGGCUGGCAAACUUCUCACCACAGCCAAA